CGCGCGAGGCAAGAAGUAGCGGACGUGUUCGUCUCAUCAGUCGAUCGCGGUGCGGGCGCUCGGAUACGCUCAGGUGUGCAUCGUCGCGUAUCGAAGUAAAAAGCCGACCUCGACAGGCCAAGCCGCGGAAGAAUCGAACGGCCGGUCGGCGGCGAUAACAGCCGAGUGUGCGUGAUCGUUAAUAAUAAUUAAAGACGACGUAACGACUCGUCGACGCGACGUCUCUCGUGCUUGUGAGGAGUGAGGAUAGAUCGGAAGGCGAGGCGCCGCGACAGAAAAUGCAAUCGCGAUACGACGCGUUGUUUGACAGCCAGUCGACGCUGCAUCUCGUCGCAAAGAUGCUCGUUUUCGCGCUCAUCUGCGGCGGAGUCAUCCUGGGAGUCCUGGGACAAGUCGGCGCGCAGUAUCACGGCGAUCCCGAUCACAUAGUCUUCCCCGGGCCGGUCGGCUCGGGAUCGAGGGACAGGGCCCUUGAUAACGAGCCCGCGGGGGGUUCCACGGAUGACAGCGACACGCCGAUAUCGCUCGAUUUAGCGACCAGAUUAAAUUCGAUAGACACGUUAGAAGAAUUUAUGCAGCUUCUUCACGGUGUUCCAGCGAGCGAAAAGGGUAUCGCGUUUACCAAUAGAUUCGGAGGCGAGGAACGCUCGAACGCGUUGAUGCCGACGCCGGCCAAGUGCAUGCCCGAGCUGCAACUCGUUUCCCUAAAACUGGACGACGAUCCUUCGACGUUCGUCUUCCCACUCUGCACACGGAUCAAAAGAUGCGGCGGCUGUUGCAUUAGUUCUUUGCUCUCGUGUCAGCCAACAGCUACGGAGAUGCGAAACUUCCAGGUGAUCGUGACGUCGAUGAAAGAUAUGAACUACCGGGGACGGCGAAUUGUCCCAGUGGAGGAGCAUACUAAGUGCAAGUGCGAUUGCAAAAUCAAGGAGGAGCACUGCAACGAUAAGCAGCACUACGAGCCGCACAAUUGCAAGUGCACCUGCAGCAACAUCGACGAGGAGGAGAAGUGCCGUAAGGACAACGCGAAGAUCUGGAACCAGGAGCUUUGCGCCUGCUCCUGCAGGACCAUCGAGCCGUGCACCACCGGAUACUACUUCAACCCCAACACGUGCAGAUGUGGACCGAUAAUGUUCUCUAGACCGGUAAACAGGUUCCCAUCUACGAAUUACAAUUUCACUAAUCGUCGUCCGGAAAACAGGCGGCCCCCUGUGAUAAUCCCCUUGGACCCAUCGGAUCCUAGAAGAAAACCUAAGGAAGAUCCCGAAUACAAGUGACAGGAAUUCAGACGGACACGCGACGGAUUACAAGACUGCUAAAACGAAUCUAUAGUUACUUUGUUAAUUUCUUUAUUACGUAGACGAGACUUCUCAUUAAUUCCAUGCCUAGGAACUAGAAGAGUUGAAUUGUUUUACCAUUGAGUUGUCGCGAUUUUAUCACGAUGCAAAAUAUGUUGCAAAUUCUGAAACCUUUUGUCCAUCACGUUUUUGCAAUGUACAUGAUAAUAUCAUUCCUGCGACUUGGUGGUGAGAUAUUACAUUCCAAAUAGUUACAAUUUCACCUCCAAAUCGUAGAACGACACAAGCUCUUUUAGUUCCAAGGCAUUUCCAUGCUAAACUACUGUGUGUUUACGAAUAAAGGUCAAGAGACAUUGUGAUAUAAAGAGGAGAUGACCGCCACAAGAUCUUGUCAAUGUUAUUUAUGUCAUAGUUAUUUUUUGUAUUUAUUGUCACGUUUCGACACGCAAACUGCUCGUUAUUUACCCUACUUGUAUACAUGUGACAUACGUAGCAAUAAAUUUAGAACGUGACACACAUGCAGGACUAUCGAUUACAUCACGUAUACUCGUUAAUUAGUAUUCACAUCUAAGUCAUAUUAUAACAUAAAAUUCGUAAUGUUAAUUACAAAACAAAAUAGACAAA